AAAAAACCCCUACUUUGUGUUUUUUGAGAUAAGAUAAGAGAUAGAAAACCUCUACUUUGUUAGUUUGUCUGUUUUUGAAAGGGAAUCUUAUCCGUGAUCGCUGGGGCAACUAGCCACUCCUUUUACUGCAUCAUUUCAAGGUCGUUGGUGGUAUGAAAGGUAUUUCAGAAUGUAUUUCAAAGUUAAUAAGGCCGUCCGGUAAGAGAAGGACGUCAGACAAAACAAACCUUCCAUGCCGUCGAUUUUCACUGGCUGAGAUCAAGACAGCCACCAAUAACUUCGAUGAUAAUUUAUUCAUUGGUGAGUGGAAUUAUAGGAAAGUAUACAAGGGGUUUAUUGACGACCCUACAAUAAGCGUUGCCAUAAAGUGUGUGAAUACCAAGACAAUGCCGGGUUCGGACUGGUUAAGGAACGAGGUUCUGUUGCUUUGCCAGUUACACCACCCUAACCUCCUCCGUCUCAUCGGAUAUUGUAUCGAAGAUAAACUCCAGGAGUUCCUUGUCUACGAAUUCAUGGUCAAUGGAAACCUUGGAAACCACCUCUACGGCACUAACCACCAUGAACCCCUCCCGUGGAAACAAAGACUUAAGAUUUGCAUUGGAGUGGCGCGUGGGCUGCACUACCUUCACACUGGGGUGAAGCAUACUAUCAUCCACCGUAACGUGAAGACGCAAAAAAUUCUGUUGGACGAGAAUUUGGAGCCCAAGUUGUCAGAUUUUGGGUUGUCCAAGAAGGGUCCCCCAAGUUUGUCAAAGGCUUUAAUUAGGCUGGAAUCUAGGGUGGUGGGAACUCUAGUCUAUUUGGAUCCCGAGUAUUGCAUGAGCGGAGAGCUGACCGAUAAAUCAGAUGUCUACUCUCUUGGUGCGGUACUGUUGGAAGUCCUCUGUGGCAGAAAGGCAUACGGAAAAAAAUCUGAAAUGGAAGAACCGAUACAUCUGAUUAGGUGGGCUCAAAGUAGCAAACGAGAAGGGGCCAUUAAUGAGAUAGUUGAUCCGUAUCUUAUGGGAAAGAUAACUCCAGAGUGUUUUAAGAUAUACAUUGACAUUGCCACUGCUUGUGUGCGACGGGGAGCCAAACAUCGACCCAACAUGGGUGAAGUGCAGGCAGGCCUUGAACAUGCAUUGGAGAUACAAGAGAGUGCAGAUGCUACGAGCAAGAAUGUGGAUCCAACUGGUGAUUAUAACUAUCCCAUUGAUGAAUACAUCUGUAAUGAUUCUCCAGAUGACACUUCUUCGAUGGAGAUGGGGUGGAAUAGCUUCAGAGGAGAGAGUUUUGCAUCUACUGAAGAAUUGUCCUUGGACACCACCAUGCCAAGCGGUCAAAUAUGAUUAACCACAGACAAUUCACAAGUAUGUUUUUCAGUUUUAGAUUGGUUUUAUCUUUAUAUUACGUUUUAUUACUGAUGGCGUUUAUGGUCUGUGUAAUUGCUGAGAAAUUGUGGCAAAAGAGACAACCAUGAAGUGUUAUUGGGAUGGGGAAAACACAAACUUUUCCUUUACCUAAAGUUAUUGGGAUAGGGAAUCCUGAUGUUUAAAUAGUUUGUUGCGAUAUUUUUUAUUCCUAUGCUAUGUAAUACUCCUUGUACUGAGUCGUUCACUAUAGAAUUCAUUACUAAGUUGAUAUUUAUGAUGUGCUGAUGUGGUAAGUUUAUAUAA